AUGAGAUUCUUGAGCUUCACUUUACUGACAUCCAUCGUUAGCAUUUGUGCUGCGCAUAAUGUUCUACUUCCGCCUCACGGCCGUAGGUGUUUCUUUGAGAAAUUAAACAAGAACGACGAAUUGGCCGUUUCUUUCCAAUUCGGCGACAGAGCACCAGAGUCCACCGACCAGUUGAAGGGAGAUUUUGUUAUUUACGGUGCGGAAACAAAUGCUGUUGUGAAAGCUUUCAGAGACGUGUCUCACGGUGAAGUACGUGUCCAGGCGCCUUACGAUGGAAAAUUCGAAUAUUGUUUUUUGAACGAGAAUUCGGGUACUGAAACGAAAGACGUUACUUUCAACAUCCAGGGCACGCUUUACGUUGACCUUGAUGAUCCCAACUCAAACACGCUAGAUGGUGCUGUUAGGCACUUGGCAAGAUUGACCAAUGAGCUCAAAAACGAACAAAGUUACAUUGUCAUCAGAGAAAGGACUCACAGAAACACCGCAGAGUCUACCAAUGACCGUGUCAAAUGGUGGUCUAUUUUCCAGCUCUCGGUUGUUAUCGCAAGCUCUUUGUUCCAAAUUUACUAUUUGAAGCGGUUCUUCGAAGUUACGUCCUAUGUAUAA